AAUAUCUGAAUUGAACAUGAGCGGCAGAGGCAAAACCGGUGGUAAAGCCAGAGCAAAGGCUAAGACUCGCUCCUCCAGGUCGGGACUGCAGUUCCCCGUCGGCCGUGUUCACAGGCUUCUGCGCAAAGGAAACUACGCCGAGCGCGUCGGUGCCGGAGCUCCUGUAUAUCUGGCGGCGGUGCUCGAGUACCUCACCGCUGAGAUCCUGGAGCUGGCUGGAAACGCCGCUCGGGACAACAAGAAGACCCGCAUCAUUCCCCGUCACCUACAGCUGGCGGUGCGCAACGACGAGGAGCUCAACAAACUUCUUGGCCGAGUGACCAUCGCUCAGGGCGGCGUGCUGCCCAACAUCCAGGCCGUGCUGUUGCCCAAGAAGACCGAGAAACCCGCCAAAUCUAAGUAAACAGAUCGAAGACUUGGUUACUGAAACAAAGGCUCUUUUAAGAGCCACCUAUUUUAUCUGUCAACGAGCGAUUUUCUCUGUUAAUAUUUACAAACCGCAUAAACGCUUUUG